AUGGAUAUUAUUUUGACAGAGAGUGUGAAAAUCCCAAAUGCUGUUUUAGUUAGUGGGUUAACCAACACUGAGGUUGACAAUGAAAUCUUUGAUUUACUCAAGCAAUAUGGAUCUAUCGCUAGGAUAAUCAGAGUACCUAGCGCAGACUCUGAGACCCAGGCAAUUGCAGAGUUUGAACAUGGCACCGCUGUGAAAGACCUUGAAGCCAACGUCUUACCUUACCGAAGACCAUGCACUGCCAAUCCUGAAGUUAUCCACCAUGUUCAGAGUCUUGCCAGCGUUUACACAAGUGAUGCAGGCACCAGUGCAACAAAUACUUACCUUUCUGGGUUGAAAGACUUAGCUAAGUUGAGCGGCAGGGAGUUUGUAGACAUCCUUCGUGAGGAGCUGGCUAGGAUCAGUAAAUCCAUUAGAACUCAAACCCCACUUGAGGUCAGUGAAGAGCCUGUGGAAAUUGAGCCACCCCUUACACAAAGUGAUAUCCAAGCUGCAGGCCCUAGCUUUGUCAGUGUCCCCAAUGAAGUGAGUCAGGACUCUUACAAACCCCAGACUGGCAUCGAGGUCAGAGAUUUUCUCUCUCCAAGAGGAGAAAGAACCAGCACUUUCCACUUGCCUUCAGAUCAACUCAGCACACCAGAAGUACAGCGUGUUGUGGUUGAGCACAUUGUCAAGAGCAGUGAAGUUUCAUCUCACAUUCAAUUUCCUUGUAAACUGAAACAGUUUUCUGGGCGACAUCCUCAGCCAAACUUUGAAGUCGACUAUGACACGUGGCGCAACAGUGUGGAGUUCUGCUUGCAUGACCCAUCUAUCCCUGACUCCCAAAUGGUGAGGAAAAUUGUUGAAAGUCUUUCGGCCCCUGCUGCAAACAUAGUCAAGUCAUUAGGGCCUCAAGCUUCACCAAAAGAGUACCUGAACUUACUUGAUUCUGCUUAUGCCACUGUCGAAGAUGGGGAUGAGCUUUUUGCACGAUUCUUGAACAUCAAUCAAAAUGCUGGGGAGAAAGCGUCUGAUUACCUGCAGCGACUUCAUACAGCAUUGAGAUAUGUGGUAAAUAAAGGAGGAAUCGCUGCCGGCGACUCUGACAAACAACGUCUCAAGCAAUUCUGUCGUGGAUGUUGGAAUAGUAUUCUGAUCACCAGUCUUCAGCUUGAACAGCUCAGGAGUAAGCCACCAUCUUUUGCAGAGCUCCUGCUCUUACUGCGAACUGAGGAGGACAAACAGGCUAACAAAACCAGCAGAAUGAAGCAGCACCUUGGGUUCACAAAGCCAAAAGUCAUGUCAAACAUGCACGCUGCACACAUGUCCUACGACGAGGAUAUUGUCAUGCCACAGAAUACAGAGGAUGCCUUCUUAAACAUGACCAAAGACAUACAGAAACAGAUUGCUGAACUUCAGGUUCAGGUGGCAAAACUCAGUGCAUGCCAAGAGAGCAGAGCUCCGGGAGAAGCAGCGUGCAUGGGAAGCUCAGAAUGGUUCACUCACCACUCGCCAGUCAAACUAGAACAGGCUUCUGUUGAGGGGAAAAUGGAAGCCAAGAAACCACUAUAUCCCACAUCUACAGGCGAACAAAAACCCAUGACUCACAGCCACAGAGUCAAACGACAAAGGGAAUUGCCAAAACGUCUUGUAGGCAGCAAGUGUACAGCCAAUGUAAAUGUGGAUGGGGUGGACUGUAGUUGUUUACUAGACACAGGGUCACAGGUCACCACGGUGGCCCAGUCCUUUUAUCAGACCCAUCUAUCUGAUCAUCCUAUCAAGCCCAUCAGCAACAUCCUUGAAGUAGAGGGAGCAAACGGCCAACCUGUUCCUUACCUGGGUUAUAUAGAGGUUGACCUCAAGUUCCCUAGAGCCCUUCUUGAGUCAGAGCCUGAAAUUUCAACCUUGGCUUUAAUCAUUCCUGACCUCCGGUCAAACAGUGGUGUCCCAUUGUUGAUCGGCACCAACACUUUAGAUCCCCUCUAUGAUCAGUGUUGUGAUGAGUUUUCACUUUCCCAUAAUUCAUCCUGCUAUGGCUACAGACAGGUCCUUCGCACACUACAACUGAGGAGAAAACAAGCAACAAGCGGAGAACUCGGCUUUGUGAAGCUCAGAGGAAGGGAACAAGCAGUUCUCCCAGCAAAACAAAGAGUGCUGCUUGAAGGCUAUAUGUGUGUCAACCUAGUCAACACAGAGAAAUGUGCUCUGAUUGAACAACCAUCAAGAUCAACUCUGCCAGGUGGCGUGUUUGUAGACUGUUGUCUCAUUUCCUUGCCAGAGCAUGGCUCCAACAAAUUGCCUGUUCUCCUUAGAAAUGAAACUGAACAUGACAUCAUUCUACCUACCAACUGUGUCAUUGCAGACCUGACUGUUGCAGAUGCUGUAGUGGAGAAUCACCUAAUUGAUGGGGAUGGUCAGAAGCAUGUUGUUGACUGCUCCACUCAUCAAACGGAGACGUGUCCUGGAAAAAGCUUUGACUUUGGGCCCUCUCUACCUGAGAAGUGGAAGGAAAGAGUCACUCUGAAGCUCAACACCUUCUCUGAUGUGUUUGCCCAGCAUGACCUCGAUUUUGGUCAUGCGACGAAAAUCCAACACCACAUCAAGUUGAAAGACGAGACACCCAUCAAACAGAGACCCCGUCCAAUUCACCCUCGUGAUUAUGAAGCAGUCAAAAAGCACCUCCAAACCCUUCUUGAUGCAGGCGUAAUCCGAGAAUCAGAGUCCCCAUUUUCAUCGCCAAUUGUGGUGGUGAGAAAGAAGAAUGGCGAUGUACGCCUAUGUGUGGACUAUAGAAAGUUAAACUUGCAAACGAUAAAAGACUCUUAUGCCUUACCAAACUUGGAGGAGUCAUUUUCUGCUCUCGCUGGAUCCAAGUGGUUUUCAGUGAUGGACUUGAAGUCUGGGUACUACCAAAUUGAGAUGAAUGAAAGUGACAAGCCAAAAACUGCCUUUGUGUGCCCCUUUGGAUUCUGGGAAUUCAACCGGAUGCCUCAGGGAGUCACCAAUGCACCGAGCACAUUUCAACGGCUCAUGGAAAAGUGCAUGAGUGACAUUCAUCUGAGGGAGGUCCUGGUCUUCCUUGAUGACCUAAUAGUGUUUUCGGACACUCUGGAGGAGCAUGAGUCUAGGCUCACCCACGUGCUCAACCGUCUCAGGGAAUAUGGCUUGAGGCUUUCACCUGAUAAAUGUAAGUUCUUUCAGACUUCAGUGCGUUAUUUGGGGCAUAUUGUGUCCAGCGAUGGAGUGAAGACCGACCCUGAAAAGGUUCAAGCCUUGAAAACCUGGCCGGGACCACAGAACUUAAAGGAACUCCAAUCCUUCCUCGGAUUUUCCGGUUACUACCGGAGAUUUGUGAAGGAUUAUUCAAGGAUAGUCAGGCCCUUGACCAAACUCACUGCUGGCUACCCACCACGGCGGAAAGGAGUCAAGAUAGGCCUCAGUGAUGGGAAAUACCUCAACCCAAAAGAGCCUUUUGGUGAACGCUGGGGCACUGAGUGUCAACAAGCCUUUGAGGCGAUCAUACACAAACUGACAUCAUCUCCAGUCCUUGGUUACGCAGAUCCUAAACUUCCUUACGUGCUCCACACUGAUGCCAGCACGACAGGAUUAGGAGCUGCUCUAUAUCAAGAGCAAAACGGGAAACUGCGUGUAAUUGCUUAUGCCAGUAGAGGACUCUCCUGCAGUGAAGCAAGAUAUCCAGCGCACAAGCUUGAAUUCUUGGCCCUUAAAUGGGCCAUCACAGAGAAGUUUCAUGACUAUCUGUAUGGAAACUCUUUCACUGUUAUCACAGAUAACAAUCCCUUGACAUACCUACUUACCACAGCCAAGCUUGAUGCUGCGAGCUACCGUUGGUUAGCUGCGCUCUCAACAUUCACUUUUGACAUCAAGUAUCGAGCUGGCAAGCAGAACAUGGAUGCUGAUGGUCUGUCAAGGAGACAUCAUGGUGCGCUGGAAAAUGAUGCCACAUCACAAGAGGAAAGCCAAAGGAUUGACCAGUUCACUUCUCAGCUACUGACAUCAAUAAACAAGUUUGAACUGGUGACUCCAGAAAUUGUCGAAGCUACUUGUCAAAGGCAUACUGUGAAGCAAGAUCAAGAGCUCUCACCUUUCCCUGGCUAUGUUGACUCACUUGCCAUUCAUGCAGAUGCAAUUCCUGCUGUCCUUGAGGAGGAUGAGUCACAGGAUGGGAUCCUAACAGUGCCUAAAUACAGUGAGUCUGAUCUCAUGAAACUGCAAAGAGAAGACCCUGGCAUCAGUAGUGUUAUCAGUUUGGUGGAAUCCGACAACUUACCUGCAGAUCACACGGCAGAUUCUCCUGAAGAACGGUUGAUCCUGAGAGAGUGGAAACGGCUUCAACUGAAGUCAGGCCUUUUGUACAGGACACGGGAGUGUGAGGGACAAACCCUAUUUCAGCUGGCACUCCCAGAUGUCCUACGGCCUAUUGUACUCAGGAAUCUCCAUGAUGACAUGGGACAUUUAGGGAUUGAACGUACCCUUGAACUCACCAGAUCACGAUUCUACUGGCCAAAGAUGGCUGCUGAUGUAGAGAGAAAAGUGAAAACAUGUGAGCGAUGUGUUCGAAGGAAGACCCAACCGGACAAGGCUGCCCCACUCGUGAACAUCAAAACAACUAGACCAAUGGAGUUGGUCUGUAUGGAUUUCCUUUCACUAGAGCCAGACAGCCACAACACUAAGGACAUCCUCGUUAUUACGGAUCAUUUCACUAAAUAUGCCGUAGCCAUCCCUACCAGAGAUCAGAAAGCUAGUACCGUCGCUAAAACCUUAUGGGAACACUUCUUGGGCCAUUAUGGUUUUCCUGAACGCCUUCACAGCGACCAGGGUAGGGACUUUGAGUCUCAUACCAUCAAGGAGCUAUGUGCAUUGGCAGGUAUUCGUAAGGUGAGGACAAGCCCUUACCAUCCCAGGGGAAACCCUGUUGAACGGUAUAACCGAACACUCCUCAGCAUGCUAGGCACUCUGAAAGACAAAGAGAAGAUACAGUGGCGAGACCAUGUCAAACCUCUCACUCAUGCUUACAAUUGCACCCGAAAUGAUGUGACCGGGUUCUCCCCAUAUGAGUUAAUGUUUGGGAGACAACCCCGGUUACCCAUAGACUUAGCCUUUGAAUUGCCAGUCAAGGGAAAAGAGUCAAGUUCACAUUCUCAGUAUGUAAGGAACCUGAAAUCUCACCUGGAAGAAAGUUAUCAGAGGAGCGGUCCAUCCCACGCAGGCCAGCACGAUGACCCCCAGCAUCCGGCCGGCCUCGUCUGA